ACACUUGGAUAUUAGCCUACCAUACCCGGGAGCAAGGGGGAUGAGAAAGAGAGAGAGAGAGGGUUGGAGCGAACUGGCUACGUAACCGGUUUAAUGGCAACACUUUAGCCACAGCGUGACUGUAUCAUGCAUAUACGCUAGAAUUUUUUUCCUUCUUUUUCCCCCUAGACUGUUUACUGAAAUUAGUUGUACGACAGGUCCUAAAAUAAUCUGCAGAGAAGACUUCACAGUGGAUGUAUCGAAUAUUAUCGGCCAGGCAAUAGGGUCGGUCGAUAUGGCAUAACGGUUCAGAUAUCAGUAGGGUUGUACGGCGGCCAAAGGCGAGAAGAGCAGUGCCCUCGCAGUAUAAAUCAAAACACUCGAGCGAACCAUCGACUUCAAAAGCAUUUCGCCUCUCGGAAAUAAAAUUGCUGAAGCAGCGAUCCGACAGCAGCACGUCGGGCGGGAGUCCUAUUCUGAUUCGGACCAAGACCGAGACCACACGCCAGAAGCGGGGAGGACACACACAUCUAUUUGUCUUGCCUGACGCACGUUCUCAUUUCUCGCAGAUAUCCCGAAUACGGAAUAAGACAAAACACAAAGAGAAUGUGGAACAAUUCUCGACUUGAAGGCAACCACCAGGACCAAACACACUGAUUUCCCCUUGAUCCGACCGACCGGGCCGCAGAACGGGACGCCGCAACAACCAAAUAAGCCACCCAGGCCUCUGCUGGUUAUGAGCAGGGGGUUGGGAGAGAGGUGUGGGGACUUAACAGACAUACCACCCACGGCUGUAUCGUAGCCCUCUUAUGUAUCUGUUUAAUUAACAUGGACCGUAACCACUAGCAAGUCUAUUUUCAUUCCCGAAAUAUCCCCAAAACUAGCCUACUGAAAAACAAAUGCAGCAUUUGACCACAUACUGCAUUAGCAUAGCAUAGCAAAACAUUACUACUAGCAUAACAGUAUUAACAUAACUAGCAUAACAUUACUAACAUUUGUGUUCUGUUGACAACACUUACACGCUGCCACGCUUUCUAAUGAUAUACCUUCAACCAUCUAGCAGCGAGUGAUAGUUGGAAACUCGGCUACCAUAGCUUUGGAAGUACCCUGCGUAGAUCAGUCAUUCAACCUUUUCCCACUUGUCAAGUGGUUUGAGGGCAGUAGUGAGGUACCUGUUGACACACACACACACACACUGGAACCAUGCUGAGCAUCCUGGCUGCCGGCUCUAUCUUCUUCCCGGGCCUGUUCCUGCUGUCUAAGAGAGGUCUGAAACAGACUCCAGGCUUGGGCUUGAGCGAGGGAGACGCCACCAUCGUGUCUGCCAGGCUGGUGUCAUCCAUCCAAGCCAUCAUGGCUUCCUCAGCUGGAUACAUCAUCGCAUCCUCCUGUGAGGACAUCAUCGAGGAUCAACACUGGCUUACCAGUACCUACAUCCUGUUUGCGGUGCCCUACUUUGCGUACGACAUCUACGCCAUGUUCCUGUGCUACUGGCACAAGCUGCAGGUCAAAGGGCACGAGGAGGAGGGCGGCAGGCCUAAGCCAAUGUGCUCGGCAGUAACCAGCUACCUGCGCAGAGAGUUCCUCAUGGUGCUGCACCACGUCGUCAUGGUGACCAUCUGCUUCCCCGUCUCCGUGUUCUGGAGGCAGGGAAAGGGCGAUUACUUCCAGGGUGUCAUGUUCAUGGCUGAACUCAGCACUCCGUCCGUCUGCCUGGGGAAAAUCCUCAUCCAGUACAAGAAGCAGCACACUCUUCUUCAUAAAGUGAAUGGCGCUCUCAUGCUGGUCACUUUCUUCAUCUGUCGAGUUCUGCUCUUCCCCUACCUCUACUACGCCUACAGCAGGUAUGCCUCCAUCCCCCUCUACACAGUGCCCUUUGGGGCUCCCUGGCAGUACAACGUGGGGGCCUUCUGUCUCAUGGCCCCACAGGUCUACUGGUUCACCCUCAUCUGCAGGGGCGCCUUCCGCCUCUUCACCGGGGCCUCGCGCUCCCGACCCCCGGCUGCACUCAACAAGCAAGAUGGGGGCUGCUACCCCGGCCAGGGAGCCCCUUUACCUCCCCCAGCCAACGGCUACAGUCCCGUCCCCCACCAGGCAGAUAGAGAGACUGACACGCACUGAGAAAGAGAAAGAAAGAGGGAGGCAGAGAUGGAGAGGAAGAGAGAUCACUGUGGGGACGGGGCCAGCCAGACCAGGCCGGGGAAGGGAAGGCCGAGGUCUGUCAAGGGAAUCUAUUGUACUGUGUUGCAAUGACACUGUAACCUAGGAGAGAGGGAGAGAGAGAUUGUUUCUCAUCCUCUACCACUCUCUCCCUCCCUCCAUUGUCCCUUUAGAGUUGCAUGGACCUCUGGAAGAAGAGCGAGACAGAUUGAAAUAGGAGAGGGUGAAGAAAGAAAGAAAUGAAUAAGGGAGAGAAAUGGAAGCAUAGACAGAAAGACUUGUGAAAGGGCAAGUAUUUCAAUAUUACGUGUCUGUACACACUGAUUUCAAACUGAAUGGGGGGGGGGUGAAUGGAUUGAAAAGCAAAAGGAUGAGAGAACACAUUGACGAGCAAUAGUGAUCGAGUGAUACAGAGAAGAAUACAGGCGGAUUAAGCAAGAGUGAUCAUCUUAUUUGAGUUAAAGGAAUAGAUUAAAAAAAAGUAUUCUUCUCUUGAAAGAGAUUCAACUGCUGUUCAAGAUUUAGGGAAGGAUACAAAAUGAAUAUUAAUGUAUAGAAAUGUGUAGUAAAUUAUUAUUUGGUGACCAGUUGAUUUUGGUGGCUGCAAAAAGGGGGACAAAGACAAUACCAGUAUUUCAACUUGUGAUCCCGGUCCUGUAUUAUUUGUCCACCAAGAUGAUCCACUCGGGAUCCAUUUGAGCGGGUCUUGUCUUGGGACAUGACAGAUGGACUCGCAAACAGCGCCUCUGGUAUCGCUUCGUUCAGCCUUCUCUCCCCUCUGAAAUGGUCCUUCUCCCUUUUCUCCUGUUUAGACAACGAAUGUGGGAGGAGGGGAAUGGGGGGGUUUAUAACACUUGGUGAGUAAAUAUCAUUUUAGGUUUUU